GUUAUUGCAAAAUAAUGUCAUGAAUCGGUUUUUAUAAAAAUAGUUUAUUUAUUAAAACUGUUUAGAAUUAAAUUCUUAUAUUAAGAUACACAUAAUUGUGUAACAAAAUUUACUUGUGUAUUCGGUGAGAAGUUGAUGAGGAAUGGUUUUUGGAGUACUGCGACAUCUAUUUACUGAAACGGCAUGUUCCGAGAGUUCAAAGGGAUCAAAUGCUUAUCCGAAAAGAGCAGAUCCAAAAGCAUUAAAAGAAAUAUUUUUGAAGCAUGCAAGUGUACAUAAAAAUGGUGAGAGUUAUAUGAAUAGUAAUGAUUUUGUGAAUGGAUAUUUGAGUCUAUCUCCGAAUGACAAUGACCAGUCUAGAAAUCUCCUUGCGGGUAUUGUUGACACAAGUAAGGAAGGGCUAAUAUCAUUUUCGGAAUUUCAAAAGUUUGAGGAACUGUUAUGCGUACCUGAUGAUAUACAUAGAACCGCUUUUCAGAUGUUUGAUACAAAAGGAAGAGGGGAGAUAACACAGCAUGAUUUUUCAGAGGUUGUAAAGAAUACUGAAUUGAAUCAUAAAUUGCCUUUUGAUUUUCAUAAUGAAUUCUUGAAGCUUUACAUUGAAAGAAACAAGUCACGGGCAAUGACUAAUGCAGAAUGCAGACAGUUCCUACAUGUUACAAAAGAUUAUGAUGAUGAUGAUGAUGGCUCUAAAGUAGGCUUUCCAUUCUUCUCAGCUUUUGAUUCUCUCCUCAAGAAGAUGGAUCUUAUUAAGCGAGUGUAUUUAAAGGCCACAAAUUGUUCUCGCUCCAAAGAACUCACUAAGGAUGAUUUUCAGUAUCAUGCUCAUAAGGAGUCACAUAUCACACCUAUGAAAGUUGACAUUUUAUUUAAACUAUGUAAAUUAAAUAACAAACGAGGGGAAGUGGCAUUCAAUGAACUCCAACCUAUUUCUACAGAUGAUCUACAGACCAUGCUUCGUCCAGUGCUAUUAAGCAACGAAAAAAAAGAUGAAGAUGAAUGUCGAAACCCAUUCUGGUUUUGGAAAGGAGAAUCAAAACAAAAACAGCCUGAAACAGAAGUUGUCAAUCUGGCUUCGCAGCCAGAGCACCACGAAAGAUCCAAUCUUAUGUCAGUAUUAGAAAGUUUAUACAGGUUAACUAUGGGAUUCACGGCUGGAGCAACUGGAGCUGCUGCUGUGUAUCCAAUUGAUUUGGUGAAGACCAGAAUGCAAAAUCAAAGAAUAAAUCCUAACACAGGCGAAAGAAUGUACAAUCAUAGCUUUGACUGUUUUUAUAAGGUAAUUAAAUAUGAGGGUAUACGAGGGCUUUAUAGAGGUCUCCUGCCUCAAGUAUGUGGAGUUGCUCCAGAAAAAGCUACUAAAUUGACUGUUAAUGAUUUUAUUCGAGAUCAUCUUAAACAUGAGGAUGGAUAUAUACCUUUAUGGGCUGAAAUAGUUGCAGGUGCUAGUGGUGGAUUUUCCCAGGUAACAUUUUCCAACCCGGUGGAAAUUAUAAAAAUUCAACUUCAAGUAGCUGGCGAGGUAAAAGGAGGUCAGAGGCCAAGUGCUCUGGCAGUUUUUAAGGAAAAAUUUUUUUUUGGACUAUAUAAGGGUGCUUCAGCUUGUUACUGUCGAGAUAUGACCUUUGCAGGGAUUUAUUUCCCAACUUAUGCCAACACGAAAAUAUUGCUGACUGAUGAUUCUGGCUAUAAUAAUGUUUCCACUCUGUUUCUAUCUGGUCUUAUAGCAGGGGUUCCAGCGGCUUCAAUUGCAACACCUUUUGAUGUUGUUAAAACUAGAUUACAGGUAAAGCCAAGACCAGGGCAGACAACUUACAAUGGCCUCAGAGAUGCUUUUAAAAAAGUUUGGAGGGAAGAAGGAUGGACCGCUUUCUGGAAAGGAGCAGGAGCAAGAGUAUGCAGAUCUUCUCCCCAAUUUGCUGUUACUCUAGUAACAUACGAGUUACUUCAAAGGCUUUUCUACUUCGAUUUUGGUGGCAGGAGACCAGAAGGCUCGGAAAAAAAGAACGCUGAACCCAAAAAGGUUUCUUAUAAUCCAAAUCAUAACAGAGGGUACGAGGAAGCAAUACCAAUGAUAACUGGGAUUGAAACUCAAUUUGGAAUAAAUUUACCGAAAUUCAACAUAGUGACAAUUUCACCAAGCGAAAAAAAAACAAAUGAACCAGAGGAAUGAAAGGCGACAUUUGCCUUAAGAAUGUUCCAUUAAAUGAUUUUAGUACAAAAGUC